AUGAAUGGCAGGUUUAUAUGUCUGAGUUUUGACAAUCUCGAUCACGCUGGUGAAGGGGUCAUUGAGACCAGAAUGCAUCGUCUUGAAGUUGUCAUUAACGGUAUUGUGUGUCGUCGUCCAGAUUUGGUGAUGAUGAUGUUCCCCCGACCGGAGGGUAAUAAUAUCCCUAGGAUGAACAUAACAUUAAUUGAUGUUGGUAGCCGUGGGGAUGUUGAGCCGUACAUCGCCAUUUCAAAGGAGCUCAACGCGAUGGGCCAUCAUUGUCGUAUCUGCACUCAUGAUAAGUUCCGAGAUAUGGUUGAGAGAAAAGGAAUAGAGUUCUUCCCAAUGGCCCUUGAUGCCCCUGGCCAUUGGCAACCUGAGGAUUUCAUGAGGCACGCAGCCGAGAGCCCCUCAUGGAGUCCCAAGUUCCUUUUCACUCCCCGGGAUAUGUGGUACAUCCUGCUACAUACUCCUGGUAUGAUGGAAUCCUUGAGGGAAAUCUUCUUCCCCCCAGGGUGGCAAACCGACAAGGUCGGGGCCUGGGCAGCUGUGAAGAGUAAUCGCGAGGAGCGUUGGGUUACCCAUGCUAUGAUCGCCAAUCCGCCAUCAUAUAUUCACGUCCAUCUGGCUGAGAGACUCGGAGUUCCCCUUCAUAUGUAG